CCAACAUCCAACUUCCAUCUUCCCAAGCUCAUCAAGCUUCAACCAAAAACCAACCACACAAUGUAAUCUCCACCUACGUCGACCUUCGGGUCUCAGAUGGAAGCCAUGCAAUGCCUUUGGCUGGGCUGCACAACGAUCAGGUAUCUCAGGUAGUUCUGGGCAUGGACCGGUGUUCGUUCCCACGCGUCACCAGCGUGGCUCUUGGUCGGGUCUUCCGUCGAGAACCAUGCUGCUGACGCGGGGUUCGUUCUGAGAAUAUACGGUUAAACUUGAUCUGGAUAAUACCAGCGAAAGGAUCAUGCCUUCCCUCGUCCCCCUUGCGGUAGAAUAUCUAACAGUUCCCAGUCACUACGUGACUCGAACGUAAACCCCACCCAACACCAACAGCAUGUCUCCCCCCGCUGCUAUCUUCGAGCCCACUGUUGCCCCCACCGGCAUCAAGGCCAACGUGGUGGUCCCCGAGACCACGACCGCCCCCGUCUCCCAGGCCUCUCAGACCAAGCUGCUCGACCACUUCGGAGGCAAGUGGGAUGAGUUCAAGUUCGCCCCCAUCCGCGAGAGCCAGGUCUCCCGUGCCAUGACCAGACGCUACUUCCAGGACCUGGACAAGUACGCCGAGAGUGACAUUGUGAUUGUCGGCGCUGGGUCCUGCGGUCUGAGCACCGCGUACGUCUUGGCCAAGGCGCGUCCCGACCUGAAGAUCGCCAUCGUCGAGGCCAAUGUGUCUCCAGGCGGCGGUGCCUGGCUCGGCGGCCAGCUCUUCUCCGCGAUGGUGAUGCGUCGCCCCGCAGAGCUCUUCCUCAACGAGAUCGGCGUGCCCUACGAAGAAGACCUCACGAACCCCAACUACGUGGUGGUCAAGCACGCCUCGCUCUUCACCUCGACGCUGCUGUCCAAGGUGCUGACCUUCCCCAACGUCAAGCUCUUCAACGCCACCAGCGUCGAAGACCUGAUCACCCGGCCCUCCCCCAACGGCAACCCCAAGGAGACUCGCAUCGCCGGUGUCGUCACCAACUGGACCCUGGUGACUCUCCACCACGACGACCAGUCGUGCAUGGACCCCAACACCAUCAACGCGCCCAUCAUCAUCAGCACCACCGGCCACGACGGCCCGUUCGGCGCCUUCUGCGCCAAGAGGCUGGUUUCCAUGAACAGUGUCGACAAGCUGGGUGGCAUGCGCGGCCUGGACAUGAAUUCCGCCGAGGACGCCAUCGUCAAGAACACCCGCGAGGUCACCAAGGGUCUGAUCAUCGGCGGUAUGGAGCUGUCUGAGAUCGAUGGCUUCAACCGCAUGGGUCCUACCUUUGGCGCCAUGGUGCUCAGUGGUGUCAAGGCUGCUGAGGAGGCUCUUAAGGUCUUUGAUGUCCGUCAGCGCGAGUGUGCUGAGUAAAUCGAAACUCGAUUGUCUUGAUUGUCUGUUUCGCUCGCUAUGAAUGGAUUGC